AUUGAGUGAAAAAAAAUAAUUGCAUUUCAUUUACGUUUGGUUUUUGGACUCGACUUCUGUUUUAUUCACAUUUAAUUGUGAUUUACAUCCGAUCUUUGAUUGAAUCCAUUGACCCGUUUGUUGGACAAGAUGUCAGCCAUGGAUGCACUGAAGCCAUACGUCCAUAAGAUCCGAAUCCCUGUCCAAAACGACAAGAUAUACAAAGACGAGUGUGUCUUCUCUUUCGACUCUCCGUUAUCACCGGAUGGACUGUAUGUCUGUUUGAAUACGUUUCUCGGUUUUGGCAGAGAUUUCGUUGAACUCCACCACAAGAAGACCGGAAACGCGAAGACCGGAAACGCGGUGUUUCUCAAUCUCAAGCGAAUCGCUCGCGAAAUGCCUCAAAGCGAUUGCGAAGAAACGAAACCAAAGAUCACGAAACUGGCGAUCGGUAUUGAAGGCGGGUUUGAUGUGAACUCUCAGCCGAAACAGCAAUUCGAUGAAAUCAAUUCAGUGGUUAUUUUACCGCAAUUUACUGUCAUUCCUCUCCCAAACCCCGAUCUUCCCGAACAGUUAUUGCAAUCAAUAUCAAUGGUGUUGUCGUCGGACGCGGCUUUCAGAUUAGAGGAGUUGCAGGCAUUGGCCGGCACUUGGGAUGGAGAGAAGAGGAUUGUCUCAAAAUAUGCCAAUGAUUUGAAGCAAUUGGAUAAUGGCGUCAAAAUUCCUCCUAAAGGUUGGAAAUGUGAGAAAUGCGACAAAAGAGACAAUUUGUGGCUUAAUUUAACCGACGGUACAAUACUAUGCGGUCGUAAAUACUUUGACGGAACGGGUGGUAACAAUCACGCGUCCGAGUAUUACGCGGAGACUAAAUACCCGCUCGCAGUCAAACUCGGAACCAUUACCGCCGACGGCGCCGAUGUCUAUUCUUACGAUGAGGACGAUAUGGUUGAAGACCCGCUUCUGGCCAAACAUUUGGCACAUUUUGGCAUAAAUGUGAAGCAAAUGGAGAAAACAGACAAAUCGAUGAUUGAGUUGGAAAUCGAUUUGAACAAAGGUUUGGGCGAAUGGUCUAUAAUACAAGAAGAAGGUUCACAAUUGAAGCCACUGUACGGCCCGGGCUAUACUGGGCUCUCAAAUCUGGGCAAUUCGUGUUAUUUGAAUUCCGUAAUGCAAGUGAUGUUCAGUAUUCCCGACUUCCAGAACCGCUAUUUCCCGCCCGACAAGAUCUUCGAGUCGGCGCCGACAGACCCUCCCUCUGACUUCACCACUCAAAUGGCGAAACUCUCGUACGGACUCCUCUCAGGGAAGUACUCAUUGCAAGAACUGACUAAUGGAGAGACCAAAGAACAGACGGGAAUAAAGCCCACAAUGUUUAAGAACCUGAUAGGGAGAGGACAUCACGAGUUCUCCACUAAACGACAACAAGACGUUCAGGAAUUCUUUCUGCAUCUCAUAAAUGUGAUCGAAAGGAACAACAGGACUAACGCCAGCCCUCCCGCCACCGACUGCUUCAAGUUUCAGGUCGAGGAACGCAUCGAAUGCUUACAAUCCAAGAAAGUUAAGUACACGACACGAACCGAUUACAUGCUAUCACUUCCAGUCGCAGAGUUUAUGACAAACACUGAAGCCGUCAAUGCAUUUGAAGUGAAGAAGAAAGAGAUGCAGGAGAGGGGACAGAAAAUUGAACCGAAAGAUGUUAUUCGGCCUAUAAUUCCCAUUAAGUCCUGCGUUGAAGCGUUCGCUACGCCAACAGUUAUUGAAGACUUUUUUAGUUCAGCAAUAAAUGGCAAAACAAUUGCAAAUCAAACAACUCGUUUGAAGACAUUUCCCGAUUAUCUUAUGGUUCACAUAAAGAAGUUUGCGUUGGGAGACGAUUGGGUCCCAAAAAAGUUGGACAUUUCACUGGAUGUGCCAGAAAUGCUUGAUUUGGAUCACAUCAGAGCAGCGGGUCUUCAACCGGGAGAGGAACUGUUGCCCGAAACGAAACAUACCGGUGAAGCGGCCGGCGGUGCGGUUGCGUUUGAAUUCAAUUCAGCCCUUUUGGCUCAAUUGGUUGACAUGGGAUUUCCUAUCGAUGGCUGUAAGAGAGCCCUCUAUAACACUAAGAACGGGGAUAUCGAGACUACAAUGAACUGGAUUAUGGAACAUAUGGCAGAUCCAGACUUUUCACAGCCAUUCACUCUACCGGCCAGCAGUAGAGGCGCAGCUAAAACAGAGACCGCUUUUACGGCUGACUCUGAAUCUCUGGCGACUAUAAUAUCAAUGGGUUUUACUGACGAACAGGCCUUUCAAGCCCUCAAAGCAACGAACAAUAAUAUGGAGAGAGCUGUUGACUGGAUCUUCAGUCACGCGGACGAGUUGUCGAGUCAGGCGAUGCAAACCGAUGCCACCGAUGCUUCCACUCAACCAAACCAAAGUCAAAGCCCGGAAUCGAGUUUCCGAGACGGCAGCGGGCGAUACAAAUUGGUUGCGUUCAUCAGUCAUAUGGGCACCAGUACUAUGUGUGGCCAUUAUGUCUGUCAUAUACUCAAAGAGAAUCGUUGGGUGAUCUUCAACGACAGCAAAGUAGCCAUCUCUGAGACUCCGCCCAAAGACUUGGCGUAUCUUUAUUUGUAUCAACGAAUUUGAAUUCAUUUAAAUGAUUGAUAUGUGAAUUGGUUUUGUUUUUAUAUAAUGGAAAUAACAAAUCGCUUAACUAUUAAUAUAAUUAUUAUAUUCUUUAAAGUGGAAUAAUUAUAUUAUUUAUAAAUUAUUUUAAAAUAAAUUUUGAUUAAAUACUAAUGAAUUAACUAAAA